AUGAAUCCAUAUCAGGAAGCGAUUCUGAAAGUGACGCCGAAGUCAAGGACCAUGAAAAUCCCGAAUCUGGUUCGGAAUCGGAGAACGAAGGAGAGACUGCAGCAGAGAAGAGACUAAGGCUUGCAGAAAGAUACCUGGACAACGUACGACAAGAAGUUGACGAAACCGGCUUUGAUGCAGAGGAUAUCGACCGGGAUAUAAUAGCACAGCGUCUACAAGAAGAUGUAGCCGAAAUCAAGGGAAAGGUGUAUAGAAAGGUUGCUUCAGAGCUUGCUAUCGCCCAAUCGCCACAUACACUCUUCCGUUGCAAUACCCUCUCGACUACCUCCAUUGCUAUAUGCGCCCCAUACUUAUAUACUGUCACGAAAGACCGCUGCCUAGUCAAAUGGAAGCUACAAGACCUACCAGCCAAUCAAUUCCCACAAACCACCAAGAAGAAGCCCAAGAAACCUCCUGCUCCACCCCGUCGACAACCAACGAAGGUCGCAAUGUUGAAGGGAAAUCAGAAGAAAGCAAAGGAUAAAGGCUACCAAGGGCACGUGGCUGAUAUCUUAUGCGUGGCUGCCUCACAAGACGGCAAGUUCGUCGUCACGGGCGGUGCUGAUAAGCGCCUGAUCGUCUACGAUGCGAAAUCAUUGAAGCCUCUGCGUGUCUUCAUGCACCAUCGCGACGCCGUAACUGGACUAGCAUUCCGCCGAGGCACAAACCAACUCUACUCGGCCUCCAAGGACCGUACCGUGAAGGUAUGGAGUUUAGACGAAUUAGCAUAUGUCGAAACCCUCUUCGGCCACCAGGAUAUUGUGGUCGAUAUCGACGCGUUAGCACAAGAACGAUGCGUGAGUGUAGGCGCUCGAGACCGAACGGCACGAUUAUGGAAAGUUGUCGAAGAGACCCAAUUGGUCUUCCGUGGCGGGGCGAUCGAUAAGAAACAGAAGCCAGACAUCGACCCGCGAUCUCUAGCCCAUGAGGGUAGUAUGGAUCGUGUCGCCAUGAUCGAUGACGAACUCUUCGUCACCGGAAGCGACAACGGCUCGUUAGCUCUAUGGAGCAUAUCGAAGAAGAAACCACUCUUCGUCUUGGCACAAGCACAUGGACUUGAGCGACCCUUGCUUCCAACGGAAGCAUCCGCCGAAGAGGCCCCAACUCCUAAGGUUGUACCACCUCCGCAACCAAGAUGGAUUACCGCUCUUCGGACGUUACCCUACUCCGACCUCAUCCUAAGUGGUAGUUGGGACGGCUACGUCCGAGCCUGGAAAUUAAGCGACGAUAAGAAAAAGAUCGAGCCCGUAGGGGUCUUAGGGAACCCGUCAUCUAGCACAGACCACGUUCCUAACGGCGUAGAUAUGGACGACUCUGAUGAUGAAGGUGCAGUCAAUGGAAUAAACGGGACCAGCCCGUCCUCUUGGCUGAUUAAAGGCGUGGUCAACGAUAUUGCGCUGUUUGAACGAGGUGAUCGUGGCAAGGACGGUCUAUGCGUCGUAGUCGGCGUUGGUAAGGAACAUCGACUAGGAAAGUGGAAGAAGAUCAAGGGAGGGAAAAACGGCGCUGUUGUAUUCGAGGUGUCCAGGACAAAGGAAGGGCUGGAAAAUGGGUUGGCAUAGUAAAAUAGCCCAGUAAAACAUGGGAGACCUGAUCAUAUCCCACUCUGGAAUUGAUACCCUAUUUUAACGUUUCCA